AUGAGUGACAAUGCAUUAUUUGAUGUUUUCGAACAAGAACCCAGUGAAAUUAUUAUUGAUGAAAAUGAAUCUACAGCCGUCGCUUCAACUAGAAGUAUUACCAUCGUAAAAGAAAAAACGAUCACAACAUGUGUCACUACAGUCGUUGAUCCGACAACAGAUGAGCAAAAAGAAUCACAAAAAUUCUUGGACGAUCUGAACGAUGAAGGAUUAUUAGGAAAUUCACCUGAAAAACGUCCGAACGAGGAUGACGAUGAUUAUGGAGAAAAUACAAAGCGAAUUAGAGCCGAGUUACUUGCUGAAACAGGAAGUUUCUUUGAAAACAUACCUCGUAUGAAAAUUCAUACAGUUGAAACAAUCGAAUCCUGUUUGCACGAAGUAGUUCUACCACCCAAUUCAGAAUAUGCUCCAUUGAAAGCUCUUGUUGGACAACCAGCUAAAGAAUAUAAAUUUCCUCUUGAUCCAUUUCAACGCGAAGCAUUAAGAUGUUUACAAAAUAAUCAAUCUGUGCUUGUAUCAGCUCACACAUCGGCGGGAAAAACCGUGGUAGCAGAAUAUGCUGUUGCUAUGGCGUUGAGAGAUCGUCAACGUGUUAUUUAUACAACACCAAUAAAAGCAUUGAGUAAUCAAAAAUUCCGUGAAUUACAUGAAGAGUUUAAAGAUGUUGGUUUAAUGACCGGUGAUGUGACAAUAAAUCCAUCAGCAUCCUGUCUGAUUAUGACUACUGAAAUUUUAAGAAGUAUGUUAUAUCGAGGAUCAGAAAUAACACGAGAAGUAGCAUGGGUAAUUUUUGAUGAAAUCCAUUAUUUGAGAGAUAAAGAACGUGGUGUUAUAUGGGAAGAAACAAUCAUAUUAUUACCAGAUAAUGUUCAUUAUGUAUUUUUAUCAGCAACCGUACCAAAUGCUAGACAAUUUGCUGAAUGGAUAUCAUUUCUUCAUAAUCAACCUUGUCACGUUGUUUAUACUGAUAUGCGUCCAGUACCAUUACAUCAUUAUAUUUAUCCGGCCGGUGCUGAAGGAUUACACUUAGUCGUUGAUGAAACAGGCAAAUUUCGUGAAGACAAUUUUAGUUCGGCAAUGGCUACAUUACGUGAUGUUGGAGAUGCAGCCAAAGGCGAUAAACGUGGAAAACGUGGUGGUUUCAAAAGUGAUACAAAUUGUUUUAAAAUUGUUAAAAUGAUUAUGGAACGAAAUUUAGCGCCCGUUAUUGUAUUUAGUUUUAGUAAAAAAGAUUGUGAACAAUUUGCUCUUGCCACAGCAAAAUUAGAUUUUAAUUCAGAAGAUGAAAAACGUUUAGUGGAAGAAGUAUUUAACAAUGCUAUUGAUCUUCUCUCGGAUGAAGAUAAAAAACUUCCACAAAUUUUAAGUGUUUUACCGUUACUUAGAAAAGGCAUUGGCAUUCAUCAUUCCGGUCUUUUACCAAUUAUUAAAGAAACAAUUGAAAUUUUAUUUGGUGAAGGUUUAAUUAAGGCAUUAUUUGCUACAGAAACAUUUGCUAUGGGUCUUAAUAUGCCUGCGCGAACAGUUCUGUUUACAGCUGCUAGAAAAUUUGAUGGCAAAGAACUUCGAUGGAUAACAUCGGGUGAAUAUAUUCAAAUGAGUGGUCGAGCUGGUCGUCGUGGAAAAGAUGAACGUGGUAUUGUCAUACUGAUAAUUGAUGAAAGAAUGAGUCCAACAACAGCAAAAGAAAUUGUUAAGGGGAAAGCAGAUGCCUUGAAUAGUGCAUUUAAAUUAACAUAUAAUAUGGUGUUGAAUUUAUUACGUGUGGAAGGCAUCAAUCCAGAAUUUAUGCUUGAAAGAUCAUUUUAUCAAUUUCAACAUUUUUCAUCUAUCCCAGGUUUAUAUGAAAAAUUAAAAAGUUGUGAAAAACAAUAUGAUGCAUUAGCUAUUGAUCGUGAAGAGGAAGUAGCACGUUAUUAUAAAUUAAAAAAGAAAUUAGAAUCAGUUCAAGAUCAAAUGUCGGUAAUGAUUAGUGAACCGAAAUAUUUGUUGCCAUUUUUACAGCCUGGUCGAUUAGUUACAGUCAAAUGCGGUAAUUUAAAUUUUGACUGGUGUGUCGUAUUAAAUUUUCACAAGAAACCAGGCGAAAAGCCGACCUAUGUUAUUGAUGUGUUAGCACAUUUAACAUGUGAAAGUGCUGCUCAAAAAUUAACCGCUGACCUUCAACCUUGUCCAUUGAAUGAAAAAGGAGAAAUGAAGGCUAUUCCAAUACAACAUAUACUUAUACGAGAUGUCAGCACAAUGAGAGUUUAUCUACCAGACGAUUUGAGAUCGAAAGAAGCUAGACAAAGCGUAUUAAAAUCAUUACAGGAAAUUAAACGUCGAAAUCCGUACGGUUUACCAUUGCUUGAUCCGGUGAAAGAUAUGGGAAUCAAAUCGGCGGAUAUGCAAUCGUGCGUUAAACAGAUGACAUCUUUACAAACAAGACUAAAUGAUCAUCCAUUAAAUAAAGAUAUUAAUUUGAAACAAUUAUAUGAUUUAUAUGAGAAAAAAGCAAAUUUAGAAAAACAAGUUUUGGAAGCAAAAGCUGAGUUGAAAAAAGCUCGUUCAUUACUGCAAAUUGGCGAUUUGAAACGAUUUAAACGUGUAUUAAGACGUCUUGGUUAUUGUAGUUCAUCAGAUGUCAUUGAUAUGAAAGGACGAGUGGCAUGUGAAAUUGAUACCGGUGAUGAAUUAGUGUUAACUGAAUUAUUAUUCAAUGGUGUAUUUAAUGAUUUGAAUGUUAGUCAAGCUUGUGCACUAUUAAGUUGUUUUGUAUUUCAAGAAAAAGCAAAUGAAAUGCCAAAAUUACCACAAGAAUUAUCUGGACCAUUGAGACUUAUGCAGGAAACAGCUCGACGUGUUGCUCGCGUAUCGAUUGAAUCAAAAAUCGAUAUGGAUGAAGAACGAUAUGUUGAUAGUUUUAAACCUUAUAUGAUGGAUGUUAUUAAAGCAUGGGUUGACGGACAAAAUUUUUCCAGUAUAUGCAAAAUGACAACAAUAUUCGAAGGUUCCAUCAUACGUUGUAUAAGACGAUUGGAAGAAUUACUUCGUCAAAUGUGUUGUGCAGCAAAAGCAAUUGGAAACAGUGAAUUGGAAGCAAAAUUUACUGAAGGAACGCAAAAAAUUAAACGAGACAUUGUAUUUGCGGCUAGUUUAUAUCUGUAA